AUGUACUCUGGCAAAAAUGCGGUAAACCCCGCAUAUCCCACGCAGUGGGCCUUGAACCCUAAUGCAUAUCAAAAUAUAGAUUCUAGUCAAGUAGACUGGGCAGCAUUAGCUCAACAAUGGAUAGCGAUGAAAGAAGCUGCGGCAAUUGUUGCCGCACCACAACCUCCCGCAAAACCCGACGUAGAAGGUGGCGAAGCUCCCAUGGAAGUUGAAAACCCUGAUACCAAUUGCGAGAGUGUCGUACCACCAGGAGCAGAAUGGAACGCCGCUACAAAUUCUUGGGGAAACUCUUGGAAUCAAUGGGGGUGGGGAUGGCCAGGAACCGAUCCAAAAAUGGCAGCUGAUCCGUCUAUGACAAUGACACCUAUGAUGGAUGGGUAUCCAGUUGCACCUGACAAUGCUUCAGCUAUGCCAGGAUACACAACAACAGGGGCAGUGACUACACCAACUUUCCAGCAUGGCUAUUGGACAGCUCCACAAGUAGAACAAGCAAGCAGUCGAAGUAGUAGUAGAAAUCGAGACAAUCGAUCUAAAAGUAAAAACAGAGAUUCAAAAUCAUCUAGAAAUAGAUCACACAGAGAAAAAGUUCCAGUGAUACCUACAGUAAUGAAUCAUAUUGAGAUGCCUGCAAUGGGUGGAACUACAGCAACUAUAGAUGCUGCUAAGAGAAGACAGCUUCCUGCAUGGAUAAGAGAAGGUUUAGAAAAAAUGGAAAGAGAAAAACAGAAGGCCAUGGAAAGGGAACAAGAAAAAAAAGCAAGAGAGGAAGCAGAGAAAGAAAAGAAGAGAUUAGAAGAAGAAGAAUUAGAAAGAAUGAAAGCAGAAGCCAGUGGACAACCAAUGUUACCAGCUAAGAGCAAAUUUGACUCAGAUUCUGAAAAUGAAGAUGGAAACAAGGAAGAACAGCCUCUACCUGAACCAGAGCAGAGUAUUCAGGAAGAAAAGGAACCUGAGGAAGAAGUACCUGCUGUGAAAAUAGAACCUGAAGAAAAACCAACCUUGGUCAAGAAAAGUAAGGAGGAAAUUAUGCAGGAAGUUAUGUAUGCGGUGCGACGAUCGCUUACAGAAAUCCUGCUAGAGGUGACCGACCAGGAGAUUCAUACGGUGAGCCAGGAAGAAUUGGCCCGAUAUAACGCCGCACAAGCUUCGCGUCUCAACGCCAUGAAAGCAAGCAAGUCCAAGGCGCUCGCCGCUAUCGCCAGUGGACUCGGGCUGGGCGCGUACGAGAGCAGCAGCGACGGAAGCGGAGAUGAAGACGAUCAGAAAGACUUGUCGGAUCAUCAGUUGCAGGAGAUAAUAAAGCGGAAGAGAUUGGAGUUCGAGCGAACGGCGCGAGAAAUCGAAGCAGAGGUGAGAAGGGCGGAACUCAGGGAAAACGCAGAAGAACCCACCACGCCUGUAGCCACACCCGAAAGGCCGAGGCGAUCACGAUCAUCAGCAACACCUCCUCCUAUAGAAACCGAAACACCUGAAAAGAAACCAGAACGUCGGAUAUCAAAAGACAAUAAAAAGAACAACCAUAAAUCUAGCGACAAACACGACGGUGUUAGGAGAUUAGGGACAAUACCAGAAGAAAAGGUAAAGAAAACAAAUAAAUGGGGGAAGACUCCGAGUCCACAAACGAAAUCAACAAGCGAUAAAGACAGUUCCAGUUCAAGUUCUAGCGAUUCAGAUGACUCUUCGUCCAGUUCCAGCGAUUCAUCGUCAGAGAGUGAUCAAGAAGUGAAAGUUGCAAGAUCAAAGAAACGUAAACGUAGGAGCUCCAGUGAGAGUGACGCAGCGAAAAAAUCAAAGAAAGAGAAUCAGAAGAAGAUACAGAAAACCGAUGAGCGAAACGCAAGAUCUAAACAUGGCGACUAUGAAAAGUACGAGAAGUCGCGAACUAAAAAGAACGACGAACAUUACGACAAACAUAAAUCAUCGAGAAACGAAAGACACAAGGAUAAAUACAGAGACGAUUCAGAGGAUGAUAGGCCUAGGAAGCGUUCUAAGCGUUCCACAAGUUAUGAAUCGCGGUCAGGUCGGAAGAGGGUGUCUAGGGAUAGAUCGGAAGAAAGGUCGCGCCGACGGGACAAACGAUCAUACGACAGGGAGAGUUCGAAGAGGGAUAGGUCUUACGACAGAUCGGGGCGCGACUACGAGAGAUCGGGUCGGGAUUACGACAGAUCGGGCCGAGACUACGAGAGGUCGGGUCGAGACUACGACAGGUCGGGUCGAGACCACGACAAGUAUGAUAGGUAUGAGCGUAGGGACGACCGGAGGCGUUCGCGAAGUAGAAGCCACUCCCGACAUCGCCGAUGA